AUGAAUUCAAGAAUGCUUCUUGAUGAAACCCCUCCUGAUUUAGAGAACAAAUGCGGCGGCUGCCCCUGCAACAACCCUUGCAUCCCGCCGCCGUCUCCUCCUCCACCAGCGCUACCACCACCGUCGCCACCUCCUCCGAAGAAGCAGCCUCCACCGCCGAGCAACUACUGCCCGCCUCCUCCUAGCGGCGGCCAGUACCCACCGAACCCGCCGAACAUAUACAUAAACGGGCCGCCCGGGAACUUGUACCCGGUUGACCCGUACUACGACUCAGGAUCGGAUCGGAGCUUCUCAUCCGGGUUGACGCCAUUCUUUAUCACCGCCGUUUUAGGGCAGUUAGCUUUCUGA